AUGCUAGUUUCGUUGGCUGCUCUCUUGUUUCUCUGCCCCACGCUCGUAUACUGCACCAACCUGACCUUCCACGAAAUUAACGGCAGUGUCAGUAAGAACCAGACCUUCACCUAUGCAGACGGACCGUACCUGGUAACAAGUGACUUGGUUAUUUCUCAGAAUGCCUCUGUUUUUAAAGAGGCUGGUACCGAAUUUCUGGUUGUUCCAAAUGUCGGAGUUCACGUUCAAGGAACAUUACUCGCCAAGGGGACAAGGUCUCAAAGAAUCACUUUCCGAGCAAUGUCUUGUAAGGAAACUAAGUUCUGUAAAAGCACUAAAUUAUACAACCCUGGAAUAAGGCUGGUAGGUGGUUCAUCGUACAAAAACGGACGUUUGGAGCUGGAGCGGAACGGACAGUGGGGAGUAGUUUGCUAUGAAGACUACUACAGUACUUGGAAUUUCAAAAAUACUCAGGUGGCAUGCAGGCAACUUGGCUUCUUGGGUGCUAAGAGAUACCAUUUUCUCCCUGCUAGCAGUGGCACCGUGUGGAUAAGCUAUGUAAACUGUAAUGGGAAUGAGCAGAGCCUUUUUCAAUGUAGACACCGAGCUGGAUAUCCUUGC